AGGUGCACUUUGUUACAAAAACGGUUUACUUAUCAAGGUAGAGGUUGAUUUUUUUUUUUUUCCUGUUUGCUUUGUGAAACGAAAAAUCCAUUGAGUGUAAACAUUUGCUCUUCUCUGGUGUUCUAACAGGUGUGUACGUGUGUGGCCGCUCACCCAAACCCGUCACACUAAAAGUGUCAAAGCCGAGGCUGACAAAUUCCUAACCCAUUUCUUUUUAUAAGACGUUAAGUAAAAGUGAUCCUGUCUAAUAUACUGAUAAGUCCUGUUAGGCACGAGUUAGAAAAAAACAAAUAUGCCCUGACAAGCACGCAUCGAAGGCUUCUACACUCCCUAUAGGAUCCUGGUAAAAAUUGGUGUGAAAUUUCGACACAGACUGUCAGAAGGGAUUGUGCGGAGAAACACCUUCCCUUGCCUUCAGGGGAGUAACUUACACAUAAUCCUGCCUGACGCUUCUCUACAUAUGAGGGAGAAGGGAGAACAAUCCUAAACCAGUUUGGUUAUGCAGACCGGCUGCCGGUAAAGGGACACUGGAUGCCCAUGGAAAAUAAUUCCUGUAUAAUUCCACUGCCUGGUAUUGAAUUGCCGCCUGGGAAUGCUGGAUGUCGAAGUAAAUGGUCGUUUCUCCGCUCCUAACUCUAUUCCAUUCACAAUACCAAUGAAGCCGUAACCAGCCCAGACUUCACCUUAUACAAUAUCUGCAGACGUCGGUGCAAAGAUGUGGCGUUGUGGGAUCUUUAUUUUAAGCACUUUACUGCUGCCUGUUGUAUGUGGGCACAGUGCAUUCACCUGUGAACCAAUCGCAGUGCCCAGAUGUAUUGGAAUGAGCUACAAUAUGACCUUUUUCCCAAACUUUCUGGGCCACUAUGACCAAAGGAUCGCCGCUGCUCAAAUGGAGCCUUUUUUCCCUCUGCUGAAUCUUCGGUGUUCCUCUGAAGUUCAGGAUUUUAUGUGUAUGGCCUUCUUCCCAGCCUGUACCGAACCCAGAAACAUUUUGCUGCCCUGCAAGGAGAUGUGCAAGACUGUCUACUCUGAAUGCAAGCCUCUCAUUGAUACCUUUGGCAUAACCUGGCCUGAAGAAUUGGAAUGUGAUAGGCUGGAAGACUGCUCAGCAUCAAAAGCCUCGGAAAAGGAGAAUUCACAAGGCACAAGCAAGCCCGUAGUCACUGUUAAAAGAGAUUAUGGAUUUUGGUGCCCACGCCACCUUAAAACCUCCCAAGCAGCAGGAUAUAAAUUUUUGGGAGUGGAUCACUGUUCGCCACCUUGCCCCAACAUGUACUUCAAAAAAGAAGACUUGGAUUUUGCCAAAAACUUUAUUGGCAUAAUUUCUAUAAUUUGCCUCUGUGCCACACUCUUCACGUUCCUUACCUUCCUGAUAGAUGUGAAAAGGUUUCGGUACCCCGAGAGGCCAAUCAUUUUCUAUUCAGUUUGUUACAGCAUUGUUUCACUUAUAUACUUUAUUGGGUUUCUCAUGGGGAACUCUGUGUCCUGUCAUGAGCCAAGUGAAAACCUAUCAGGAACCGUGGUCCUUGGUUCUCAGAACAAAGCUUGCACUGUCAUUUUUAUGCUCCUUUAUUUCUGUACCAUGGCUGGGACCAUAUGGUGGGUCAUGCUUACCAUAACGUGGUACUUGGCUGCAGGUCAGAAGUGGAGCUCUGAAGCCAUAGAGCAGAAGUCCAUGUGGUUCCAUACCGUGGCUUGGGGCAUUCCUGGAAUACUUACCGUCAUCCUUCUAGCUAUGAACAAAGUAGAAGGAGACAAUAUAAGUGGAGUCUGUUUUGUUGGACUUUAUGACCAAAAUGUGUCCACGUAUUUUGUAUUGUUACCACUGUGCUUCAGUGUUUUUAUUGGACUUUCCCUACUCUUGGCUGGGAUUAUCUCUCUAAACAACGUCCGUCAAGUCAUCCAGCAUGACGAAAGGAACCAAAAGAAAUUGAAAAAGUUUAUGAUCCGUAUUGGAGUUUUCAGCGGCACUUAUCUUGUCCCCCUGGGAAUACUGCUGGUGUGUUAUGUCUAUGAACAGUUGUCAAGGUCCACAUGGGAAUUGACGUGGGUAGCUGACCACUGCCAGCAGUUUCAUAUUCCAUGCCCGUAUCAGCUAAAGAACAUGGCCAGACCAAACCUGGGGUUGUUUCUAACGAAGUACGUGAUGACGUUAAUUGUUGGGAUUUCUGCUAUCUUCUGGGUUGGAAGUAAAAAGACCUGCUCUGAGUGGGCCAAUUUUUUCAACCGGAGUCACAAAAAAGACCCGGUCGCAGAGAGCCGAAGAGUCCUGCAAGAGUCCUGUGAAUUCUUUAUCAAACAGAACUCCAACCAGAAGCACAAGAAGAAACAUCACCGGUCCAGCUCCCACAACUUGAAAGUCCUCUCCAAAUCCAUGGGAACCAGCACUGGAGCCAAAUCCAACCAUGGCGUGUCAGCCAUGGCAAUCACCAGCCAUGAUUUCCUCGACAAGGAGACAACAAUGGAUGUCAGGAGUACAGGGGACCUGUCGCCAAGAGAAGACAAAGAGUCGAGUAGCGUUAUCCUGAAAAGAAGGGCGGACCACUCGGCAGAAGAGACAGCACUGACUUUGCUUGAGAACUGUGAGCCCCCAACACAGUCUGAGGAGCACAAAGACGUACCUAGCACAGUGAGAGGCAAUGGCUUAACUGGAAGUGUACACAGACUCAUCGAGGGCAGUUCACACAUUGAAAAAGACUUCACUGAACCAGCCCCCUAUCCAGACCGAGGAUCUCCUCACUCCAUCCCGGAUACCAGUCUCUCCAAUCUUCCGGAGCCCCUUCUCAAAGACGAGCUUGGCCAAAAUGGACCGACAGCAUGAAAUAAACUUGGACUUCUGAAUUAAUAAUAUUGCAGCCGGUGUUGCCGGCGAGUCAGGACUUUUUUUAUAAAGCCUUUUUUUUGCACUUAAUAACCAAAGUUGGAUACCACUGAGAGAAAUUUAAAGGAUCGGUCCACCCAAAAUAGAUCUUUCUAGUUUGGAAGGAAGCUCAUGGGGUGUAGUGGCCAGACACAUUCCUGUAUCUUUGUACAACUUUAAUGGAGAGAUCGCUGCCGCUGCAUAUUCUUUAAAACUCACCUGUCACAAUGGCUUCCAGUGUUGUGUUCCUGCUUGACCUUUGAUCGGUUUCUGCAGAUUUUUAAUGUUUAGAAUGUAUUUUUUUGCAGCAUGUCCGCACGUGUGACAGUGUUUGGAUUGCGCAAAUAAGGCAGAAAUGAUGCAUUUUCUAAACUUGCAUUGGGCCAACUUGGUUAUAUGUACCGUAAUUGUCCAUGUGUCACAUCUGGAGGGAUGCUAGGGAUGAUGAAAUUCACUUUAGUAGUCUGUGCUACAUACAGUCCAUGUUCCUCUUCUGGGUUUUGGAGUGACGCAUGCGAGGGAUGGGAGCGGACGGACUGAUCCGG